AUGGAGACCGACAUUGAGACAGAAGACAGGAGUGGGACACCCGUGCCAGGCUCUUCUCUUGACCCAGACUCUCCCAUGGUAGACUCUCCUCUCUACCCCAGAAGUCCAAAGAUCAACCUGGCUUCAAGGGAGGAGGAUGAGGUAGAUGAGGAAGAUGCAUUCAUUACCAUCGCGUCUGUUCCUGCAUCUGUUCCCGCAUCGCCAACUAAGGAAACCGUAGUAGAAUCUAUGGUAGAGCCUAUGACGGAACCUAGGCAUCGGCGAAAGAGAUCACUUAUACCCACUCCUAUAUCCAAACCAACGCCGAGACAAACACCUAAACCAACACCUAAACCCAGCCCGGUACCUGAUGAUGAGCUCUCCAGUCUAGCCCGUGAACUAGAAGGUUGUACCUGGGAACAACUGCAACAGCGGUUUACCGAAGAAAUGGACGAAAGAUCCAAAGCUGAAAAUACCCUGCAGAAAGAGACUGCUGAUCUCCUUGAAGUGUUUAUGGCGUGGUCGCAGACAACUACAUUCCGUGAUGAAGAUAGAGCUUAUAAGAGGUUUAAAACUCGCAUGGAUCAUGUCCAGAAGUCAGAAGCAAAUCUAGAAGAAAAGAAAGCACAUUAUUCCAACGUGGUCAAGGCAUUUGAGAGUGCUCUUGCCCUCCUACGCACAGAGUGA